AUGAACUAUUUGUACGAGAAUCAAAAUCAAGAGAAGCUCAAAGCUUUUCUGGAUCAUCUGCCCGCUUUCAACACCCUGAAUGUUAUAAAAGGUCUCGGUCUCGCGUUUGUUGGAUACAUCGUAUUAGUCAAAAUCAUCUACAACCUGUAUUUUCAUCCCCUCCGCAACUACCCAGGCCCGAAACUGUGGGCAAUCUCCCGGAUUCCGUGGCACCACACCAACCUCAAAGGACGGAUCAGCUGGCGUAUACGCGAACUCCACGAUGAAUACGGUCCAGUUGUGCGCAUCGCGCCUGACGAGCUGUCAUACACAACAUCGACCGCAUGGAAGAAGAUUUAUGGUCAACGAAAACCUGAGUUCCCAAAAGCCCUCGAUGGGCGCGGCAUCGCACCGCCCAGUAUUGGUGGGCGCCUGAGCUUAAUGACGGAAACACAAGACCAGCAUUUGCGACUGCGACGAGCAAUCAAUCCAGCGUUCUCGGAAAAAGCACUGAGAGAGCAAGAACAUUAUCUCCAGACUCACUCGAGCAAUCUUAUCAGGAUUCUGAAAGAGAAGUCCAAGCAGGGCCCCGUGGACAUGACAACUUGGUAUAAUCUGGUCGCCUUCGAUAUCGUAUCUGAUUUGGCUUUUGGCGAGCCAGCUGGCUUCUUGGACAACGCAGAUCAACCCUGGAUCAAGGUAAUUCUUGACAGAGCAAAAGCAAUUGUCUGGUUCCAGCUCGCUGUCUGGUACGGCUUCUUUCCGCUACUGAAUCUGCUCACCCCAAGAUACGUGACUGAGUCGCGCAAGAACCAUAUCGCCUUGACAGAAGCUAAGCUUGAGAGGCGUAUCAAGGCUGAGAAUCCAGGCAAAGACUUCAUGUCUUUCAUCCUCGAGAAUGAAAACGAAGCGGUUGAGAAGCUAUCCAAAGUCGAAUUAGUAAUGCUGGCUAGCAACUUUAUCGUCGCCGGAAGCGGCACAUCCGCAGGCGGUAUGUCGGGCCUCACUUAUCUCCUGCUUCGAAACCCAGACAAGCUUGAAAAGCUCAAGAAGGAGAUCCGAGAAAGAUUUCAGUCAAGCGAUGAGAUAUCGAUGCAAGGUACAGCUCAGUGCAAAUACCUCAACGCUUGUCUCGACGAGGGUAUGCGCAUGUAUCCGCCUACUCCGGGCUCCCUCCCUCGCUUUGUCCCAGGCAGUGGCGAAAUAAUCGACGGCAAAUGGGUGAAAGGUGGCAUGGCCGUCGCCGUCAACCAGCUUUCCGCUGGUACAUCAGAGCUCAACUUCAAACGCGCCCGAGAGUUCCAUCCCGAGCGAUGGCUGGAUCUGUCCCCUGACUCUGAGUUCGCCAACGAUGACAAAGCAGCCACCCAACCAUUUUCAAUGGGCCAAAGAGUCUGCAUUGGAAGAGCGAUGGCAUAUGCUGAGAUGCGUUUGACGAUGGCUAAGAUCAUGUGGCACUUCGACCUCGAACUCAGUGAGCCUGAGCUGGAUUGGUGGAACAAGCAAGGGACCUAUUUGGUAUGGGAGAAGAUUCCAUUGAUGAUUCAACUCCGACCUAGGUUCGUUUAG